AUGGACACGGGGGGCGCGUAUACCCGCCCUCGCGGCCCGGGCAAAGAGAAGUCCCCCGAUCCGGAGGGGCUGAAGGAGAGCGAUGCUCUCCUGGGAGGACGGGUCCCGGCGAAGCCGGCGAGCCCGAGCUGGUCCGAUCGAGCCGACCGCCUGUUCGAAUGGCUGGACCGCCCCGUGCACGCCUCCACCCUGUGCCUCUUCCGUGUCCUCUACUCGUUCGUGAUGUUCACGCAAUUCACCAAGUGGUGGAACAUGUUCGACCAUUUCCAGGGUACUGCAUACACGCUGCCCUACCCUGGAGUGGGGUGGAUCAAACCAGUGUCGCCAGCUGUUGGCAAUGCCAUGCUCCUGAUUUCAGUUGUUGCCAGUCUCUUCCUUUGUGUGGGGCUCUUGACAAGAAUCACGGCAGUGGUCCUCUACAUCAACUUCGCCAUCAUAUUCCACCACUGCCAUUCGUACUUCAACAACCAUUAUGUCCUGAUGUGCCACAUCUGCUUCCUUGCCAUCUUUGUCAACUGGAAUCAAUGGCUCUCCGUGGAUAGCAUCUUGUUCUUCCGCCAACGCCCCAAAAAUGCACCAAUCACGAUUCCCUUCUGGAAUCUUCUGAUAUUCAGGCUCAUCUUCUGUGUACCCUACUUCUUUGGAGGGAUUGCGAAAUUGAACUCCGACUGGUUGUUUCGAGCCCAGCCAUUGAAGGACUGGUUCACGGGAGGUGGCCCGCUGUUGGAGGCUUGGUGGUUUCCCUGGUUCAUUGCCGAGACAGGCGUGAUGUUUGACUUGGUGAUCUCCUUCCUGCUAUUCUAUAGGCCAACAAGAUAUUUGCUGGGGUUCCCUGCUGCACUGGUCUUCAACAUCUCCAACAAAUUCAUAUUUAACAUUGGUGUCUUCCCAUUGGCAAUGAUCACCUCAUUGGUGCUGUUCAUUCCAGCACACUUGCCAGCAGCUAUAGUAGCAGAUGCCACGGGUGCACCUUCACCACUGCUCCCUCCUGAUGCAUCCUCAAAGGACGAGGAUAGUGAAAUGAAUGAGAAGAAUGGAGGAGCCAAGCAAUACAGACAGAAAGCAAGUGGCAGGAGGACAGUGUGGUAUCGGCGAUUUGUAUUAUUGUUCUUCUGCAGUUUCGUUGCAUUUCACGCCCUGUACCCUCUGCGCCACUUCGUCCUGUACAAGUCCAACCCAUCAUGGACAGAAGAGGGGCACAUUGGUGCUUGGCACAUGAAGCUCCGAGGCAAAGUAGGAUGGUUGUAUUUUGUGACUGAGGAAACAAAUGGGACAGUCCUUGAGUUUGCCCCCAAGGUGGACAUGUAUUUGAACUCAAGGCAGGCCAAGAAAGUGCUUACACGAGCCCAUCCACUCAUCAUAUACGCUGAACGUCUCAAAAAGUUCUUUGAUGAAGCUGGUCGGGACCUCAAAUCGAUGAGGGUGAAGUCCUGUUUCUCGCUCAAUGUGAACCCCGCCAAGGAGCUGUACAUCAGCACCGCCAACCUGCUGGACUACAUAGGCAAAUAUGAGACGAUUGGCGUCACUGGGGUGGGCAGGUGGAUCUGGGCCUAUGCUGAUGCCCCUCUGUGUGAGCAACGACGGCCGCAAACUGAAGUUGAUGAGAUCAACACGAGAUCAAGGGCUGCUUACAAGGAAUUGUACGCUGGGGCUCAUGUCAAGGAUGUGGUCGAGAGAGACAUGUGGGGCAACUUGCGGCGGAGAGUGAUCUACGAGAAGAUUGACGAAAAGGGUCGCCACAUUCGCAUGCCUGCCUACAUGUGGAACACCUAG